CGGCUCCUCUCCCAGAGGGCCUCGCUGGAGACGCUGGAAGACAUUGAGGAGAACGCCCCCCUGCGGAGAUGUCGAACUCUCUCGGGUUCGCCCAGACCAAAGACCUUUAAGAAGAUCCAUUUCAUCAAGAACAUGCGGCAGCACGACACGAGGAACGGCAGAAUCGUCCUCCUCAGUGGCAGGCGAUCCUUCUGCAGCGUGUUCUCAGUGCUGCCGUAUCGGGACAGCGCCCAGGCCGGGGACUUGAAGUCGGACGGAGGGAGACAGUCAGCAGGUGCCGUGAGCCUGAAAGAGGUCAUUGGCCUGGAAGGCGUGGAGCUGGGCGCUGACGGGAAGACGGUGUCGUACACCCAGUUCCUGUGGCCCACAAACGCCUUGGGAGCCCGGAGGGGCACCAUCGACUCCACCUCCUCCUUCUCCCACUUCCGCACCCUGAGCCACCGCAGCCUCUCCAUAGGGCGGGCCAGCAGCACCCAGGGGAGCCUCGACACAGGCAGCGACCUGGGAGACUUUGUGGACUACGACCCGAACCUCCUGGACGACCCCCAGUGGCCUUGUGGGAAGCACAAGCGGGUCCUCAUCUUCCCUUCGUACAUGACCACAGUGAUCGCCUACGUGAAGCCCUCAGACCUCAAGAAGGACAUGAAUGAGACCUUCAGGGAGAAGUUCCCUCACAUCAAGUUAACGCUCAGCAAAAUCAGGAGCCUGAAGCGCGAGAUGCGGAAGCUGGCGCAGGAGGACUGCGGCUUCGAGGAGCCCACGGUGGCCAUGGCCUUCGUCUACUUCGAGAAGCUCGCCCUCAAGGGGAAGCUGAACAAGCAGAACCGGAAGCUCUGCGCUGGAGCCUGCGUGCUGCUGGCGGCCAAGAUCGGCAGCGACCUCAGGAAGCAUGAGGUCAAGCACCUGAUUGAUAAACUGGAAGAGAAGUUCCGGCUGAACAGACGAGAGUUGAUCGCCUUCGAGUUCCCAGUGUUGGUGGCCUUGGAAUUUGCCCUUCACCUGCCGGAGCACGAGGUCAUGCCCCAUUACAGACGCCUGGUCCAGAGCUCCUAGCACAGGCCUGGGGUUGGGGAGCCCUGACACACACUUCCUGGUCUGGGGGAGGGGAGGGCGGCUCCUAGCACAGGCCCGGAGCACUGCUGCUGGAGACUCAUUCCCGAGCAGAGCUCAGCUCACGGGACUCUCCUCCCAACGGGCUUGUGCAGAGGCUGUGCCGGGGACCUUUCCAGGAGCCUGGUCUGCUGGCUGAGAGCCCCUGGGAGCUGUGACUACCCUCCGGGGGAGGGGAGGCCUGGGUGGAAGACACAGUGGCCCUCCGGGCUCUCCACCAGCAAGAGUUCUUCCCCCCGCCCCCAAGUCCUCCUCCUGGGCACACAGACCUGCCGGCCGGUCCAGAGCUCUACAGACCCACGCCACGUCUGAGCGUCAAGCCAGAGCAGAGCAGGGAUGACAGCGUGGACAUGUGGAGGAAAGCUUUACAAAGACGCUCUUGCGGUGUCAGAAGAGGGUACCAGUAGGUCUCUGUACCAGUUGUUGGAGGGCACUGUCCCUGAGGGCGUGUGCCUGCGUGAGUGUCAGUGUGUCUGAGAGAUGCUGCCUCAGCCCUGAGCCCCAGCCAGCCUUGACCCCUUAGCACAGACCUCGCCUGGGGGCCGCUCGCCUGGGGACUCCUCGCCUGGGAACCCCUCGCCCAGGGUCAUGAGCCAGGCUGGCCUUCACGGUGAUUUCUGGAGAACCUCUGAGUAGCCAUUGCUCUCUCAGUACCAGGUGGUCUGACAGCUGUGCCCCCAGAUAAAGACCUGGUUUCUGUCGCCUCCACCCCCCCACAGGACAAAAGCCAGUCCUCCUGUUGGAGUGUCCCGCAAGACGGGUCAUGUUGGGGGUCCCGCGGGAAGGGUGCUGGCGGCUUCGCACCUUCCUGCAUCCGACCUCUGUGCAGGUGUUUACCCCGCCCUUGCCGAUGGGGCCGGCGGGGAGCGCUCCGCAGUGGGCUCAGUGCUCUAUGUUAGAGUGCACGCUAGGCACUUUGUUGUGCUGUAUGUACAUACGUAACCGUGUUUUAUAAAAUCAGAACAAGGUUAAGACAUGGUUCAUACCAGAGGCUUUUAGCCCCUGGCACCAGCUGCCUCGGGCUGAGCCUGUGCCCGUUGGAGAGGCGGCGAGCUCACCCCUGCGUGCGGGCUGUGCUGAUGGCUGGGACUACCUGUACGUGACCAACCUGCAUUCACCGCCUGUAGUCACCACGUCUUCACCUUAAAGCCCAAGACAAGCGCCCACCGAGGUCCGCCCAACGGGAAGGCCUAUGGCCGUGUAAAGAAAAUUAAAGUAUUUUAUUGUUUCUA